CUACAUAUCCCAUGGUACCUUGCUGCCUGCAAGCAGGUAUAGUGACUACAUGUCACAGAAUUCAAGUAAAUGUGUGCGUAUCUUCACAACAGGGGCGGACUGACAACUCAUGGGGCCCCCGGGCAAUAUGGGAUCAUGGGGCCCCUGUGUCCUUGCCCAAACUCAGAGAAGCCUAUGAAAAAGGUACCAGGGCCAUCUCAUGGGGCCCGCUACUGACCCCGGGCCCUCGGGCACUGCCCUAGUUUCCAAAUGGUCAGUCCGCCCCUGCUUCACAAAGUA